AUGUAUCUACCUCGCCAGCUUAUAUCGCACCUUUACCUACAACUCCUCCGAUCACACCAUCCGCUGUCUCCGCCUGUGUUAAUUCUUGUGGCUCUGGAGCCCGAUGCGCUCUGUGCUUGUCGAAUUCUCACUGCUCUGCUAAAACGCGACUAUAUACCCCACAAGAUCCAACCAGUUGCGGGAUAUGGCGACCUGUCUCGUGCGGGGGAGGACCUCGUUAAGCCCAUGCAGACUACUAAUGGUGGUAGUGGCGGCGUGGUAAUAUGUCUAGGCGUGGGCGGCCUGGUGGACCUGAGCGAGAUACUUUGUCUCAGUAACCCCGAGGAUGAUGUGGAGGAUAUGGGCGGGGUUGAGGUCUGGGUGUUUGAUGCGAGACGACCGUGGAAUUUAGCCAACGUCUUUGGUGGCGAGCCCAUGCCAGAACAAGCGCUAGGCGAGAUUGAUGCCAAUGCGCGACGGAAAACGCGAGGUGUGAACAAGGGAUGUAUCACACCGUCAUACAAAUCAAGUAGUGGGGGUAUCGUGGUCUACGACGAUGGGGAUAUCGAGGAGGACAUGACCAAGGAGCGAGAAGCAUAUUGCGCAUUGGUAGAGAUGCCGGAGGUAGAUGAAGAGGACGAGGAGGAUCUCGGUGAUGAUUCGGGCAGUGAAGGGGAAGUAGACCAACCGUCUAGUUCGGAUUCUAGAAAACGCAAGUCAUGGUCGCGGACGGACGAUGAGGAUGAAUCUGACGAGGAGGACGGGCCGCCUCGUCAACGGAGGAGAAGCAAUUCGGGGUCCUCGCUUGCUUCUUCCCCAACUCGCCAACGGCCCAGAGCGCAUGAUCCCUUCCAUUCGUCACGCGCUGUCACACCAGUAUUAGAAUCGCCGUCGCUUGCACAACCUAAACAGCCAUCCGCGCGCUCGUUGAAACGGCGCCUCCUGCGACUAAAACGAAAACACGAGAGUGUGCUGCAGAAUUACUAUUCCUCCGGCACCUCAUACUCAGAACCUAUAUCGUCUCUUGUGUACUCUUUGGCAUCGGAGCUUGGUCGCGAAGACAACGACCUACUCUGGCUUGCCAUUGUCGGUGCAUCUAGUUUAGAGCUUAGCGGCCGUACAAUGUCUGGGGUCGGUAUCUCCAACUCGUCGGAAUCUGGAGGGUCAGCUGGCUGGGGUGGAGAACGGGGUGAGCGUAUACGACAGAUUUUACGAGACGAGGUCCAUCGACUGAAUCCGCCGGACCCUUACGAACGUGAUCGAGAUAUAAGAGGAGAGAUCAACGGUGUUAUCCCAACCACGGCAAAGUCGCCUACAGAUAAAUCCAUUCGUCUAUCGCCUGAACCUAGAUUCAUUCUUAUACGACACUGGUCGCUAUAUGAUAGCAUGCUCCACAGCCCCUACUUAGCAUCACGAUUACAUGUGUGGACCGAGAAUGGUAGGAAACGACUUAACAAACUCCUAGCUAAGAUGGGCAUCAGCUUGAGCCAGUCUCACCAGAGUUACACCCAUAUGGACAUGGAAUUAAAACGAGUACUACGUCAACGCCUCCUUAAGUAUGCACCAAUGUACGGCCUGGAUGGUUUGGUACCCGCGGAGGCAUCUGGACAUGCUGCCUCUCGUGAGGGAUGGGGUUUCGUGCGCUGCUGGGGCUGGAAGGCUUGUUUAUCUGCUACCGACGUGGGUAUUAUCAUUGGCGCCAUGCUCGAGGUCGGGCCAGAGGAGGCACUGGGGUCUUGGGACACAAAACACCUGUCGCGACCAAGGAGUGCGCCCGGAUUGAAUGGCGCCGACUCUACCGAGUCGGAUCUAGCCAGUAUUGUGCCCCGAUUCUGGUGUGCAUAUGACGCCCUAUCUCUAACCUCCGAGUCACCCACGCUUCUCCUAGAGGCACUCCCCCUUGCUCAACACCUCCACCGCUCGAUUUUACGCACCGGAACUUCUUUACUUGCAAAGCAUCAGAUUCGACACUUGCGUGCGUUUCGCAUCGCUGUUGUCAAAGAUGGACCGGAUGUCAAGUUGUUCACUAACCCAGGGGCGUUGACUAAGUUGGCCUUGUGGAUUGCCGAGGCAAUUCGGGUACAGGAGCGGGAGCGAGGCGAUUCAGUUAAGAUUGGGCGCAAGCGUGCAACAGGAACCCCUUUGGUACUGGCCGGACUGGAUGAAGAUCGAGACCUUUAUGUAGUUGUCGGUACUGGUGGGGGAGGUGGUGUGGUUGACUUCGCCGCUUUGAAUAAACAGCGAGAAGAACGUCGGAAAAAGAAAGAAGCCAAAGAGACGAAACGAAAGGAAAAGGAAGAGCGGCGAGCGAAGCGUGCGUCAGAGCGAGCUCAACGGGAAGCGGACGGUGAAGAAGACUUCGAAGAAAGCGAAGAGGAAGAAUCAUCCUCUGAAUCGGAGUCCGAGUCGGAAGACGAAGACGAUACACGCGCCGAUAAACAUCUUCUGCGGAACCGUUUUGGAAUUGCUUUCCAAGAAGUUGUCCAAGAAACCAACACUCGCGUUCGUAUUAACAGCUUUGAUCACUGCGUGGUCGAAGUGCAGAAGGAAGACCUCGGAGCCUUCCUUGAAGCCUUGAGUUUCCGCAGUGUUGUCGGCUAA